AUGCCUCGAGCUCAGGAAGAGCGCCCGCAGAGGCUGGUCAAGCGGUACCGCACCGAGAUCGCCGCAAGCACAUCGAGCAUGUUUUCCACCGUCGUCGCCUUCCCCCUCGAUAGCGUAAAGACGCGAAUGCAGACCUACCGAUACGAUGGCUUCCUCGACUGCGUGAGGCACACGUACCGCACUGAGAAGCUGAGAGGCUUCUUUCGGGGCGUGCUCGCCCCGAUGGCCAGCAUCACCCUUGUGCGAACAAUGUCCUUUUCGAUCUACCAGCGCGCCAAGUACAGCUAUUCCGGCUGGAUAAAAAACGCCCUGGGUUUCGACGUGCUGCAGCACGUCAACGAGAAGGGCACGUAUCCCAACCUUUACUCGAUUGCCUGCUUUGGAGCCGCCGGCGCCACGGCCGGCUCGUGCAUCACGCUUCUCGCCUGCCCGUUUGAGUUGACAAAGCUCAGCGCGCAGGUGUCUGUACUGCUCUCGGACCAGCAGAAGCUCAAGGAAGCCAACUGCCGCGCUACCAACGGCCACCAAGUCGCCGCCAGCUACCAGAACAAGGGCACUUUCAAAACCAUGCGAAACAUCAUUCGCCACAGGGGUGCUUUGGGGCUCUACACUGGCUUCAACUUGCACUUGUUGCGAGAUACGCUGGGCACGGCCAUAUACUUCAUGGUCUAUGAAAGCGGGAAGCAGCUCGGCACCACUUUUGGCGGCGAUCAUCCAACCACGAACAAGCUGUCCGUUGUCAUCUCUGGGGGUCUUUGCGGGAUAGUAUCCUGGGCAAUGAUCUACCCCAUCGAUUCGGCAAAGAGCAUUUACCAACGAAACUCUCUCUUGUACUCCAAGGGGCAACAGGUCGAGCCUCCCCCAAAGAUUGAAUUCUUUAAACGACACAUGUACCGCGGGCUCGGAGUAUCCAUGGGACGCUCUUGCGCCGUGAACGCCAUCUUUUUCUCCGCUUUCGAAUUCAUGAAGAAGCAUGUCAGUUCACUGGAUGAUAACUAA